AUGGUGAAUGAGGAGCUGCUGCUGUUCUUCUAUCGAAUGGACUUAAACGCGCGCUUGGAGCGAGCGCUCCAAGCGGACCAGUUCGAAGCAGCGCAGGAGCUAAUGGAGAAAAUCGCGGAGAUCGACAGAGAGACGGCGCGGCAACGAGACGCCAAAGCCGCCAUCUCCUUCGCCUCCGCUGCGCCUCCCUCCCCCAUCCCCUGCGCCAACCACUCCGCCGCCCCCUCCGCCGCCCCCUCCGCCGCCCCCUCCGCCGACCCGUCCGCCUCCCAUCCCGCCGCCCCUUUCGCCGUGAGGAGGAGCAGCAGCAGCAGCAGCAGCGGCGGCAGCAGCAGCAGUUUAAGCUGCAUGCCAGCAUUGGUGGAGGAUGGUCCUCUCUCCAUGCAAACCCUAAAAGAGGAGCUGCAGCGGGCAGCAGACGGAGGAAAAACAGGGGAAGAGGAAGGAGGGGUAAUGAGGUGCCGCUUUCAGUUGGGGCAGCGAGUGCAGCACUGUAAACACGCUUACAAUGCAGUGGUGGUGGGCGUGGAUCCCGUGUGCUGUGAGUCAGCAGAGUGGAUGGCAGCUGCUGACGUGGCAAGCCUUUCCAGAGGACCGUGUCAGCCGUUUUACCAGGUACUCUUGGACUCUUCUGCAGGAGGAAGCUUCCCGGUAGCCUACGUGGCUGAAGACCUACUAACCCUUCCUAGCGAACCGACAACGACAAGGUUCUCCCACCCAUACCUCUACCUUCUUUUCCACGGCAUGGAUCCGCAAGGCAACUUCAUUCCAUGCCGCCAGCUCCGGCAAAAGUACGGCACAUUCGGCGACAGGCUCGGGGAAAGUUUCUCAGAACAUGCGCUGAACGGUAGUGCCUCCUUGGGAAUGUCAUUUGUGGAGGGUAAUCUUCCCGAAUGCGACGAGGAGGGCGGAGGGUGA